AGAACAGCGUCUCGUGUCGGAAAGUCACCCCUACUGUUUCAGCAAGCUGUUAACAUUACAGUAGCUCGGAGUGUUUAUUUCUGUUAUAGGAGAUGGGAGGCACAGAAAGCACGGGGAGGAAAGUAUCUUUCGGUCUGAACGAAGAGGACAACGUUACUGUUUUGCAAGGAGUUAAGUUGUCUGAACAUGUUCGUCAAAGGAUGCGAGAGGCGGGUCAGUCUCCAGAAAAACCUCAGCCCACAAAACCAGAGAGUUGGAAGCCUGACCCAGCUGCAAGCGGACAUUCUUCUGCUGAGAUGCAAGAGGAACUAAGAAAACGGUUCGAGCUGGAGCAGGCUCUGUUGAGGGAUGAGUUGGCACGUAUCACCCGCAGAGAGAAAGAGUCUGUGGGAGAAGAUGUGAACCCUGCUGUUCUCCAAGAAAGAGCCAGAACCAAAGAAGAGCAGAAGAAUGCGCAGAACUUGGCCAAACAGCUAGCGAGGAAAGACGCUGAACUGAAGCAUCUGGCUGCAUUCUACAAAGAGCAACUGCAGCUCAUGGAGAAUAAGAACAAAGAAUACUACCAGCAGACAGCCCAGAUGUACAACGAGGCAGCAACCAAAGCUGGUACCAGCAUUAAGUCGAAGAAUACAGUUCCUGUUUGUUCGGAGAUGCAGUCUCAGGUGCUGAAUUGUUUUAAAGAGAACAGACAUCAGACUCUGCACUGCUCCAGCCUGGCAAAGGAAUAUAUGAACUGCAUUAACUCUGCCAAGAAGAACAUAAUGGUCAACCAUGGAUCAUGAAGAUGAAGGUGAUGAAGACUGUGAGCAUGAGGAAGAGGAAAAGAGCGACAGCAUAAUUCACCACUUGACAACUCACAACAGUAUAGUUUUUAAUGUGCACGUAUUAGAGAGACUGUGAAGGAGUGUGUACAUUCCUGCAAACAAUUUUUGUUUGUUUGUGUGUGUGUGUGUGAGAUAUAUAUAUAUAUAUAUAUAUAUA